UUGUGCUCGUGAUUCAUCCGUCCCGGCAGCAUUUUCGAUUAUUUGUAAUUUUGCACAUUUUCUGCAGCGCAACAUGGUACAGAUUGAAGGAUCGAAAAUUAGCGACAUCGGUCGAGUGCUGAACGACAAAAAUCGACCGCUGAAGGAACGUUUCCGGGCGUUGUUCUCACUGAAAAACAUCGGCGGUCCCAAGGCACUGGAAUCCAUCGAGUCCUGCUUUGACGAUGAAUCGGCGCUGCUCAAACACGAACUGGCAUACUGUCUCGGCCAGAUGCAGGACCGGGCGGCCAUUCCCAUACUAGCGAAGGUACUGGAGGACACCAAGCAGGAACCGAUGGUGCGACAUGAAGCAGCGGAAGCCCUGGGAGCCAUCGGAGCAUCCGAAGUAGAAAACAUUCUGGUCAAGUAUUCGAAGGAUCCUGUCGUCGAGGUUGCAGAAACUUGUGAAAUAGCGCUUGCUCGCGUUCGGUGGCUUCAGAACAAGGAGAAGAAUUUGAUGGAUAAUAAUCCCUACGCGUCGGUCGAUCCAACACCUCCUGCUGAAACGACAAACAUUGCCGAAUUGCAGAAAAUUCUUAUGGACGAAAACGAGACCCUAUUCAACCGGUACCGUGCCAUGUUCAGUUUAAGAAAUUUGCGUACCGAAGAGUCUGUUUUGGCCCUUUCUACCGGAUUGAAGGGAAAGAGUGCCCUCUUCAGGCAUGAGGUUGCUUUCGUUCUGGGCCAACUGCAGGAGCCGUGCAGCAUUCCAUUCCUGGCGGAGAAUCUUAGGGAUGGCACCGAGAACGAGAUGGUACGACACGAAUGUGCCGAAGCAUUGGGCGCGAUUGCCACCGAGGAAUGUACCAAAAUCCUGAACGCAUAUCUGAAGGACGAAAAACGGGUCGUGAAGGAAAGCUGCGAGGUUGCGCUGGAUAUGUGUGAGUAUGAAAACAGCCCGGAAUUUCAAUAUGCCGACACGUUGGGAAAAGUGACCCACUGAUUGUGAUAAAGCGCGUAAAAAUGUGUGGAUUU